AUGAGGAAUUAUAUCACGAUAACACAAGAUAAUAAUGUUAGACAAUAUCCAAGAUUACUUGCUAAUGAAGGCUUAUAAAAUUAGAUGGCUAAGUUCAAGAAAAUUGAAAAUGAAGGUGGGUUUAAGAAAAAAGUAGAAACUAACUUUGUUCUAAAGAGUUUACAUAAGAUGAAUCAUGAGACACAUAGUUUCAGAUUAAUAAAAGUCUUAGAUACUCCAUUUAUACAAAGGAGAAAAAGUGAAUGUGAUGGAGUAAUUUCUGAAAAAAUUCAAAACAUCGAUAUGAAGUACCCUAAAACAACAAUUGGGCAACACCAAUUUUUAGAUAGAGUUAAAGACUUACGUAGAAAAGCUAUAAAGGGGAGAAUGAAAAAUAAAUUUUAGAAAUCUUUCAGGAAAAUAGAUACAACAAAACCUAGCUAAUUCAAUCAUCAACCUCACUAUACUAUGUCAAAACGUGAUUCCACUUAUGGGAGUUUACAAGAAAUCAAAGUACUCAGACCUUUUGCCAGAGAUCGUGCUUACUAUUAACGAACAUUGGAGAAAAAGGGAUCUGAUUCUUUUUGUGAAUCCCCAAGCACGCCUAAUCUUCAUAUUCGUAGAAGAACAUAGAAAAUAGGAGUAACACAAAAUUAAAAAUAAUUUGUUUUACUCUAAUUGAACAAGUUCAGCCCCAAAAAUUUUGAAUAAAUAAAAAAAGAUUCCAUACUAAAGAUCUUAUCAGAAACCAAAGAGAGCUAGUCUUAAACUCAUGUUGUUCCUUAACCUGCUUCCAUAAUCUUAAAUAAAUUUUAACCUUACAUUUGCAAUCCAAAGAUUAUGAAUCUAAAAAAAUGUAGCAUCUUAACCUCUUCUUCUAGAGUUAAAACCUUGUUUUGA